AUGUAUAUCUGUAAAACAGGGAUAGUAUUAUUAUUGAUCAGAAUUGGAUAAUGCUAGGAUCUCCCAAUUCCAACUAGCUAGGAUAUUAGCGGGACGGCGUUAUCAAUGUUUUUCAUAUUCUUUUUUUUGGGGAUUGGAUCGUUCAUGAAGGAGAUUAAUAAGAAAUUAAAGGUAAAUUGUAUGGGCAAUGAUGUAGAUUCCAUUUUCUCCAAUGCUAUUUGUUUUGGGAUUGUUUUUCGGGUUUUAUUGGGAUUCAUUGGGUAUCAUAGGGCAAAGUUGUAAGAAGGUCAGCGAAAUUGAGCCGGUACUAAUUUAGGGAUGUAUGUUUUCAGAUCGGAGUGUUACUAAUAUUUCUGCCAACGUUGAUUUACGAAUCUGGUUACAACUUCGAUUGGCAUUUAUUCAAGAGACUUUUUGCUUAGACUACAAUAUUGGCAUUUCCUUGCGUGAUAAUAUUAUCUACAUUAUUGUAAUUAUCUGUAAAAGUAAUACUAAACUACGGGGAUGAUUAUUUUACUUGGGAGAGUGCUUUCAUGUUUGGAGCAAUGUUGAGUUGUACUGAUACAGUUGCAGUGUUGGCAUUAUUGAAGGAGAGUGGAGCAUAGAAGAAGUUUUAGAGUUUGAUAGAAGGAGAGAGUUUAUUGAAUGAUGGGGCAUGUGUAAUGUUAUUUUAGAUAUCAUACGGGAUAGUGAGGGGGAGAUCUGCAUCUGCCUUUGAUGUAGGCUCAUUGUUUUUUACAUUAUGCGUGGGUGGAACAUUGAUUGGAUUAGUGUUUGGCAUGGCAUGUGUCUAUUGGAUAAGGAAGAUAGCAAACGAUGAGAUUCUCAUAUUGAACAUAACGAUAGUCUCAGCCUUUUUGGUGUAUUUCAUAUCUGAGAAUGUCGACUUUGGAGUACACAUAUCGGGUGUCUUAGGGUUGGUAUCAUUGAGUUUGUUUAUGGCAGCAUUUGGGAGAUCUCGUAUAUCUCAUGAGGCUGAUCAUGCAUUGAGAGAGUUUUGGGAAUACGUUGUAUUUGCAAGUGAAGUCAUCAUUUUCAUUUUGGGUGGAAUCAUUGCAGGAAUUCGAGUGUUCAAGGACGAGAGUGAAAUCACACAAUUGGAUUUCUACAAGAUGAUUGCUCUUUGGUGGUGUUUAAUGGGAUGCAGAUUCAUCUCGAUCGCAGUGUUCUACCCUUGGCUUAAGAAACUGGGGUAUGGAUUGUCCUGGUCGUAGAUAUUGGUCUUAACAUAUGGAGGAUUGAGAGGAUCAAUUGGUAUUGCCUUUGCUUUAAUCGUUGCCAAGGACGAAUCAUUACCUACUAAAUGGAGAGACAUCAUCUUAUUUCAUAUGUCAGGCAUUGCUGUUUGCACUCUAGUGGUUAAUGGUACUACUCUCUCUUUGUUGAUCAAAUUGCUGGGUCUGUCUACUUAAUCCGAUAUAAGAGAAAAGAUUUACUCUAAUUUCUUGACUAAGUUGAAUGAAGAGAUAGAGUACGAAUGCAAAAAAAAUAAUGAGUUGAAAUAUUUAAAAGAGGCUGAUGUGGAAUAUGUCAAAACUCUGAGUGGCUAUAAGGUCUACUAAUCAGAUUGUAAUAAAAUUAUUGAUAAAUUGGCUAAGCAUGAGAAGGCUUAAAAGGAGAUUCAGAUGAAGAACAUCCAUCAACCAUUAAUGGAUGAGGAAGAGGAUCAAGAAUUAGAUCAAAAUCUAUUGACAGAAAUCAGAAGAAUCUUUCUUAUGGCAUUGAAAGGAAUCUACAUGGAAUAAUUUGAAUCUAAUCAAUGCAGUCCUGAUACAAUUAUUCUUUUGACUGAAAGUGCCAAUUUGGAUCUUGACAAUGACAAAGAACCCAUGAACUCGUGGGAAUUUCUCUAAAGUCAAUUCUCAGAGAGAUACAUCAAUUUACUAUUUUACAUGAAAGACAGGUUUCUCAUUGGAAUUUUGGCUAGAAAUCAUUUAUUUUCAUACAUCUACACAAUAUAUGAUGCUGUAUCUGUGUAUAUUGAAGCGAUUACCAUAUUGAAGGAGGAGGCAUCACAUUAUCAUUUUUCAUAAAAUCUAUUGUUGGAAAUCUUGAAUGAGGUGGAAGAUAAUAAAAAGUCAGCAGUAUCCUAUUUGGAGGGAUACUUGGAAGUGUCCUUUCCUGAGAUAUCAAGAGAGUUACAUACAAAAAAGGCUGCUUUUGAAAUCUUGGAGUUUGAGAAGUCUGUAUUGAAGAACAACCUCCAAUCUGGUCAAUUGAAUGAUAAGGAGUUUCUGAGAAUGAAAAGAAAUAUCGAUAAAAAGAUGAAGAAUUUAAAUGACUUAAAUCCUCCUUGGUAAAUGCCAUCGUUGGUCGACAUACUUACUCAACAUGAAUUGUUUAAGUCACUAUCACAAUCAAAUAUCCUGAAAUUGUUGGAAGGUUCAAGGGAAGAUUCAUUUGGCAGAGAUCAGUUGAUUUUCAAGGAAGGAGAUAGAGCCAAUGAGAUCUGUAUCAUAACUAGAGGGGCUGGCAAUGAGUUUAGUGAUAGAUCAAAAAUAAGAGAGAGACGAACUUUGAAUGAGGUUACACCCAUUUAUAUGUUGGUGGCUCCUUCCAUUCGAUAUCAAACAUCAUUGGUGGCUGAUUGCGUCAUCAAUGCCACUUUCAUCAAGAUUCAGCAUAUGCAAACCAUUAUGAAAUAAAUUCCAGAGUUUGAAGAAGCCAUUUGGAGAACUUCUAUACCUCUUUUGUGUCGAGUGUAUAGUGAUCACUUAAAGCCAUUGUGCAAUUUAAAAAUGAAUUAGAUAACAGAGGUAGUAUCGAAAUCAGUGUUUCAGAAGAUAAAGAAAAAUCAAUUAAUCAGAUUUGAAUAGGGCGGAAUAUUAUUGAAAGGUACGAACGGUUUUGUCAUAAUUAGGUACACUAUGUGAGGGCAAGGAGAGCAUUUAGGAGGCAUCUUCAGAAGACGAGGACGCCUUAAAAAGUUAAGAGGAGGAGAAGGACUCUACGUAGAGAGAUGCUCUGUGUUUGAUCAGUCCUACAUCCUCACCAUUGAGGGCGAGGACUGGAAUAAUAGUGUUAUUAUUCAAGCAAUAUUAACUGCUUGAAUAGUAUAAUUAAUUAAAUCAGAAUAUUAAUGAGGGGGGUAAAUUUUCGAAUAGGAGGUCGAGCAAAUCAGAUUUAUAGAAAAGAUCUUUGACAGUCAUACAUUGAAGAGUGA